AAAAAAAACGUAAUACGAAUGCACGCUUUUAGUGGCUUCAAUGGUUUUGGCCAGUUUGGCGGUGGUAGUCAGCAAAGCGUAAACGAAUUUAUAGAGUUCUCAUUGGAAAAUACACCAAACGACCAGGAACAUAUUUUGCUUUUGGCGGCCAGUUGGAGUUACACUGCUUAUGCCAGGGGUAAAUAUCUCGUAUUGCGCGGAUUUUUAACUGGCACACCUAAUACCAGCAUAUGCCUACAAGCGCCUGGUAAUAUAAACCAAUUGGCUGUUUCUGACCGUUUCGCUUUGGUGUUAUGUGAAAAUGGCAGACUGUAUAAAGCUCCCACUGAAAGCACAGUCAAAUUACUUGAAGUUAAACUCGAGACCGAAUUGCAAGUGUUGCCACAGAAACGCUCUAUUUUCGGUGAGCCGAAGUCAAGUGCAGAGCAAAUGGCCAACAUACACAUAACACACAUCGCCUGUGGCUCGAACAUCAAUGUCGCCAUUAGCGCCACAAAUACAGUUUAUAGCGUGCCAAGCAAAAUUCAUCAAUUCCCAAAGCAUUUUCGUGUACAACAACUACAAUGUGGUUUCGAACAUGCACUCUUGCUUAGCGGCAAUGGUGAUGUGUAUAGUUGGGGCAAUGGUUUUCGGGGACAGCUAGGACAGGAUGUGCUGCGUGUUGAAGAGGCACCUGUGCUGAUAGAAGCGCUCGCUGGCAUCAAGAUAAAUUGCAUUGCGGCUGGUGGCUGGCAUAGCGCUGCCAUUUCAGCUUUCGGUGAUCUCUAUACCUGGGGUUUCAACUCUAACGGACAACUGGGUUUACGUAUAUUUAAGACAAGUACCCGUGGCAAACUUAAGCAGCCCACAGUGUUCACGCUGCCACAAAUAAUUGAGCUACCAAAGUGUAACUGCUGCCAGCAGAAAGUUGAUAUGGAAAGUGAAGCCGUUUUGAAGGACAACGAUCGCCAAGCGGAAUGUAUGCCCGUGUGUGUAUAUGCAGGCGCACGCCAUACGCUUUUGCAAUUGAAUUGCGGUGCCUUAUAUGCUGCUGGCUGGAAUGCGCAUGGCCAACUGGCUGUAGGGCGAAAAGUGGAAUAUUGUGAUGAAUUUGAAAAAGUUCUAUGCGCUACAGACAAAUACAAGGAUAAGCGUGUAGUUUGCGGGGCUUGGUGUACAACACUUGUAAAGAAAAGCUGACAAAUAAGUAUAAUUGCCUUAGUAAUUAAUUCAGUUUAACAACUAUUUACAAUAGUUCUCAGAUACAUAGAAUAAAAUUUUGUAUGAAAUACUUUUUUCAUUA